AUGGGCCAGGCAAACUCGACGGGCGCUGCGGAUGCGCAAACACGGCGGCGAUCGCGGCCGCUGUCAUGGGCGCCUGGGUUACUGGCCUCGUCCCAGCCUAACGACGACACGGUGCCAGAGUUGCUGCAUAGAGCCCCGGACACGCCCUCGCGAUCCCGCCCCAGUACCACAAGAAUCUCCAACCGCCUCUCCUCUCACUUUGGGCGCCACGAUGCUGGCUCGUCAGCGCCCGAAGAUGCCCCGGUCCCCAGUCGCUCGCGGUCGCGGCUGCACCGGGCGCGCUCGUCGCUCAGUUCCAUGACGGGCCUGCUGUCGAGACGACCGCCGCUGCCUGCCCGCAACACCGAGCCCACGAGCGGCUUCGCGGCACCGAGUACGCCCAACAACACCGUGCCAAGCCGCGCUGCUCUGAGGCAUACGGCGAGCGACCGAGGGCCCUUCCUUCCACGCGUGCAGGUCCCAGAACUAGGACUAGACUUUGACCAGCUGCUGCGGACCAACUCACAAGCCGAGCGGCCAGACGGACAUAGACAGCGACCGCUGGUUCCCUUGAGCCCAUUGCGACGGGAUGGACGCGCCCUCAGCAUCAUUCCCUCGCAGCGCCGACUACGCAACAUGAUAGGACACCCGCGGAGGAGACGAUCGCUCUGGCAGGAUGGAGAGAACAUGGACAAUGUGCAGCAGCUGAGGCAAGGCGAGGACCAGGCCGAUGUGCUGUCAAGGCUGUUAUCGCUGGCUGCAGCUGCCACAGCAGCCUCGUUGGUUGGCGACGACAACCAAGCAGCAACCCGAGACGGUACAUUCGACACGUUCCUACAGUCACUGCAGAACGGCAGCAUAGCAUCGGCGCUAAGAGGCAACGAGGAUGGCCAAGGUGGCGACAAUCCCGGAGCCGCACAGGCGCCCCUCAAUUUCUUCAGAAUGUUCAGGUUUGGCACCAGUACCGACAACGCAAGGAACGACACUACUGGGCGCGGCGGCAGUUCAUCAGGGAACGGUGGAACAGAAGGAGAGGAAGAUGGCGAAGGCAGGAUGGUGCCGAUAAUCAUUGUGGGCAUCAGAUCUAUACAGCCCGGAAGCGGUACGGGACAAGAGGAUGCCAGCAUACCGCCCUUCCUCGACGCCCUCUCAAGCUUCCCCACACCUCCCACGUCACCAGGCGAUACCAAUGCGAACAUUCUACAGCCACCGCAGAACGGGACCCGCUUCAGCCACAGAAGACGAGCCUCGAUGGGCGGCUUCAACUUUCCUUCGAAUUACGACAGCCAAAGACACCACCGUGGGACGACACAAGAGCGCUCUCGUCCAUGGUCAUCCGUCACCGACUCGCCUCCAGGGCCCCUCCCCCCACCCUCUACGCCAGCUACGACGCUGAACUUCUCAGCUGGUCCGUCAGGCGCAACGACCCCUGCAACUUCUACCUCGCCCUCUUCACCGACCACACAAUCCUCAGCACCCUCGCGGCGGAACAGCUUCGUCCGCAGGGCUGCUGGUUCGACUCUCGAGCCCACCGCGGAAGAACCACAAACACAUACCCGGAACGCUCGGCCACGGCGCUUGAGCGAGUCGGACUUCACAAGAUACGGCUCAGGUGCACCUCGCAGAAGAGGCGUCGUGGAGCCAGACAACAAUCCUGGGGAGGGUUCACGGAGCUGGAUCAUCUAUGUGCUAGGUGGGAGCUAUCCUGAAAACCACCCAAUUCUUACCACUCCCAGCCUGUUCACCGACUCGCCCACUUACGAAGAUAUGAUGUUACUCUCAUCUAUACUCGGACCCGCCAAACCACCCGUCGCGAGUGAGGAGGAUGUAGCUUCGGCUCCAGGCCUUUUCAGGAUACGUGGUGAUGCCGGUGCUCUUGUAGCUGAAGCUGUUGAGGGUCAAGAGACAAUCAACCUUGUUGCCGGUGCGCGCUGUCUCGUCUGCCUGUGUGAUUUCGAAGUGGACGAGGAGGCGCGGAAGCUAGUCAAGUGCGAACACAUGUUCCACAAAAUCUGUAUUGAUCAGUGGCUGACAACUGGACGCAACUCUUGUCCACUCUGUAGAGGAGAGGGCGUGCAUGAAACGGUCAAGGAAACCGAUGCCACCUCAGAUGCUGCUACGCCUUCGGUGCCGCAAGCAGCCGCUUGA